AUGGAAGGAUCGACAUCCACGCAAACUGCCAAACGAGAUGUUUUUCAUGCAUAUUGCACUGUAAUGCCUGAUGGUAAAAAAUUGAAGUGUAACUUUUGUGAAAAGGAAAUAUCUUCUGGUAUUUCACGCAUAAAAUUGCAUUUAGCACAACAAAGAGAUACAGUUGCCCGGUGCAUGCAUGUGCCGCCUGAAGUGAAAAAUCUUGCUAAAGUUGCACUGGAAGAAAAGAGAAAAGAAAAAAGGCAAAGAAGAGAAGAAUCUGAUAACGAAGAUUCAGAACAAGUGUAUCAUAAUGAGCCAUGGAACCCUGUGUGUGGUAUAGAUGAAGAAGAACCAGAUUUUCAUGCAGAAGAAGAACAAGUACCAGUCACACAAAAGAAAAAGACUGGGUUUUUAAAAAACCUUUUUGGAAGAAAAAAUAAGAAUAUUCAUGACGGACAGGAUGAUGUCGGUCCGAGAAAUAUUGUUCAAUUAGUAACAGAUCAAGGAUCUCAAUUCAAAGUUGCAGGUAAGAGAUUGGCAUCAGAAUAUGACACAUUUUUCUGGUUUCCUUGUGCUGCUCACGUAUUGGACUUGAUGUUGGAAGAUAUGGAAAAAUUCCCCUUUGUUAAAGAUGUGAUCGGAGAAGCAAGACAAAUUAGCAAAUUUAUUUACAAUCAUGGUUGGGUUCUUGCUAGAUUUCGACAACAUUCAGCAGGACGCAAUCUAUUGUGCCCUUGCUUAACAAGGUUUUCAACGAAUUUUAUUGCAAUCAAAAGCAUCAUUGAUCAACGUAAUGCUAUCGAGAGCCUAUUUCUGGAGAAGGUAUUUCUGAAAUCGGAAGAGGCAAAAACUAAACAAGCUAGACAAGUGAAGAAUAUUAUUUCAAAUGAGAUGUUCUGGACGACGUGUCAAAAUGCAUGCAUAAUGGUUGGUCCUUUAUUGAAAAUGAUUCGUUUCUUGGACUCAGACAAACCCACCAUGGGCUAUUUGUUCCAUGCACUUGCUACAUGUGUGAAAACUAUACAAAUGGAUUUAGGAUCAAAUCGAAAUGCUUCUAUCGUGGGUGUAAUAAAGAAACGAUGGAAAAGUCAGUUGAGUUCUCCUCUUCAUGAUGCAUCGUAUUUUCUCAAUCCUUAUUACAUCUUUAACCCAGCAACUAAUCUCAUCAAUAAUGAAAUUUCUGAGCCGCAAAUUUGUCUUACUGAAGUUAUAUCAAAAAUGGAAGGAAGAAUGCAAAUGAUGCGAGGUCAAUUUGCAUCACCAUUAGCACAUAUUGCAGCUCAACAUGGUGAUCCUUACAAUUUGAAGUUGGAGCAACAAAGAAUUAAAGGUAAAGCAAGGAGACAUAACAUUGAUGUUCACGACGUUCAUAGUCUACUGAGGGAUGACAAUAUGCUUGACUGGAUAGCGGGGGAAGAUGAAACAUCGGUUUUACCUCAAGAAGAACAGUGGUUAAAUAUGCUGGAAGAGAAGUCCGUUAAUAAUUCAGAGCAUGUCCCUCUACCAUACAACUGA